AUGCACGCUUUUCCAACAAUACAGACCAUCGGGAAUUUUUCGGACAACGCUGAAAACUCGUGGUCGUCUUUUGAAAUGCAGCCAGGCGCCAGCUUCGACGUGUUCUACCCAAUUCGGGUUCCAACUCUGACAGAUUCGCUGUCCGACUGGUUCUCAAGAGACCCGUAUUUAUACGGUUCGCAGUCAAAUCCAUCCUGUUCCGCCAUUUGCUCUACUAUCACCAGGGCUCCAGAAACAGCUCGAGGCCAGUACGGAAAUUGCGUGGUAUGCGGGCUCCAGGCCAAUGGGAUACAUUAUGGUCGUAGGACCUGUGAGGGCUGUAAGAGUUUCUUCAAGCGUGCAGUGCAGACCCACGCGGCCGCUCACCUGGUUUGCAAAAAGAACGGAAAAUGUGUAGUCAUCAGCGGUCAGCGGUCCUACUGUAGGCGAUGUCGUUGGGAUAAAUGUGUGGGCGCCGGGCUGCAGGAAAAUGCUGUUCGCCAAGGGAUUAUGGCAGGCCGUGCCGGGCGUCCGAGACGAAAACCGCAACAACCUCCU